GGCGUGCGCAGCAAGUCGAUUGAAGAAAUAGUCGCGUGUUUUCAAUUUUCAAAGCGUUCGCAGCUGAUAAGCAAAAAUUCCAGAAAAACAAGCAAAUCGUCAAAAGAUGAAGCCACUGAUAAUUAUAGUGCUCAGCGUGGCUGUGGGAUUUCUAAUGCACGGCUACGUCCAGGCCCAGGAUGAGAAUGAAACAGAGGGCAGUGACACAAAUGAUGAACACAACAUUGAGGCGAGCAAGAACCGCGUGGCUGCGCAGUUAGAGGCCCUGUUGGAGCACUACAAGCAGCCCGAUCCCGUGGGAUUUCCGGGCGCUCCCAUACCAGACCCCAUGGAAGUGCCAGAUAUGAAGAAGAGCCUCGGUAUGGCCAAUCUGAAUAUGAUGCAGGUGAAGGCCUACGGUCUCUCCAAGUUUCGCAUAGCCAGCCUCAAGGCCAAUCUCAAAGAAAUGAAAGUCGAUGCUGGCGUCCAGCUCGAUGAGAUGCUGGUCAAGGGCUCCUACACGCUCAGCUCAUUCUUUUCGAAAGCCAAUGGACCGUUUACGGUGCUGCUGAAGAAUGUGAUGGUGAAGGCCACCGCCACGCUAGCCGUGGAACGUGAUGGCCACUUAACAACGGAUCACAUCAAAAUGGAUAUUACAUUUGCAGACAUGGCAAUGGACUUCCAGAAUCUUGGCUUCUUGGGUACUGUUUUCCAGGGCAUUGUCAACUCAGCCCCUAAUUUGGUGUUCGAUGCCAUGAAACCUUUCAUGCUGCAGGAAGCAGACAAACAGCUCCGCGGCGAGAUCAACACCAACAUCGAGAAACUGAUGGGCGAUCGUCGUUUGCCCAACUCCAUUACCCCCCUAGAUAUGGCCAUAGCGGAGGCUCGCAAAAAGGUGCGUGCCAAUGGCUACGAUCCAUUCCACCUCCAAGACCUAAAUCGCACCAUGGGCGUGUUCAGCGUUCAAUUGGUGAACACUUGGAUCAAUGGAAUCUCCAGUUUCUAUCGAGUUGGCGAUGUGAUUGCCGCCAUGGAGAACAACACGGUCCUCUUACGGGUGCAGGUUGGCACUCAGCAGAUCACAGGAGCUGGUCAGUGGGAGGUGGGACUAGGUCUGAUGACUCGCAUUGGUCAUGUGCAGUUCACAGUGCAGCACAUACGCGUAACAGUGGGUAUCUCACAGUCCUUGGACACGCGCAAGCGGCCGCAGAUCAAGGACUUGCAAAUUGUUAUGGGCAACAUUCAGGUGCGCUGCGAUGGUGCGGGCACUAUGGACUAUGUUUUGGAGUUUGCGGUUAAUAUGCUGCCAAAUUUGCUGCGCUAUCAGAUUAUGGAUGCAUUAGAGAAUCCAAUUAAGCAGCGAGUUCAGGAGAAGUUCAACACCAUCGAUGUGGAACAGGCGAUUAAAGAGGCAGUGCAGAAAUAUGAGAAGGAAGGAAGCAAAUUUUCAUUUGAUUUUAAGUUUUGAAUGUAAAAGAAAAUAGAUUUGCAAAUACAAAUUUUAUACUUUUAUACAUACUCUACAUUUGUGAAUUAUAGUUCUGCUUUGUGCCUUUAA